AUGAACAAGAAUACAUCAGAAGAAUCAAACAAAAGCAAGAAUUCAAAUAGUGACUCAACGAAUUUAACCUUCGUCUCGAUACAGGCUUCACGCAGGACAACACGAUGCUCACGAACUUCUUGGUUUUUUGAAGAGUUAAGAACCAGUGGCCAGCGGAGAAACAACAUGCUAGGAUGUUCGAAUGCUGUUUUGUUCGGGUGCUUGGUAUUCCUCGCCGCUUUUAUCGGCCUGUACUUCGUGAUCGAAAUUCAAGCCAAAAGUAAAAUCGCUGAAGUUCCCGAUCCGCGCCCUCAAAAUCCUCAAAAUGCCGAAAAUUUCUCAAGAAUGGUUGAACUAUUGAGGAAUGAAUGCCAUGAUAACAACGUUUGGGCCGAAAAUUUGGACAACAAAAAAUGGUGUUCAACGAGCUGGGAUCUGAUUUUUGCUGGCCGCCGACAGAAGUUGAAAAAACCGCCACUAUCAAGUGCCCAGAAACUCCAGCGCAAGUGCUACUACAAUGCUACUACUGAAACGGCUGAAUGGCAAUCUUACAAGACAAAAGCAGAGCAACUUGCAGAUGGUUUGUAUGGCGCGCGGGUUCUCAUACUUGAGUGUCUAACCGACGAGAAGUCACAUUUAUCCAAAAAUAUUAUCAAUAUUGUGAUAAUAAUGAACAUCGUUGGCGCUUCAAUAUCAUGUCUUGCCCUGGGACUAUCGAUAAUUAUUCUGUCGUCUUUGCGCAAAAUUCGCUCGACGCGCAAUCACAUCCACUGUAAUUUAUUUCUGGCCUGGAUCUUCAACACCAUUUUUAAAUGUCUAUUGUUUGUCCAAGGUAAUAACUGGGCACAUUUGUUGAACGGAUGCGCGAUUACAAUACUCGCUGUUUACGGUUCAAUAAUUCAGAUGUCCUGGACUCUGAUCGAAGGAAUACAUCUACAUCUGCUGCUCUCUAUAUCGCACUUUCCUAAGACGUGGUCUUUUAAAUGCUUCAUAACUUGCGCCAUAAUUUGCUAUCUUUGA